AUGAAUCCGCCGAGGAGGGGGAGCAUCAAGGACACCCCGCUCAACGCGUUCACGUUGGCGGCGGCGGAGGCGGUGGACUCCUGGAAGGCCCCCGUCAGGUAG